GGAGUAACUGUUUUGCGUUUUGGAUUUGUUUUGUGGAUUACGAUGAGGUGCAUCAACUGUGGAAUAGGCGUACAAAGGCUGCAGAGGCGUCUUAUAUCCUCGCUUUCUGCACACCAUCAAACAAAACUUUCACGUUGGUUAACCAGCUCAAACCCAGUUGCCUCUGGGGACAUUGAUUUGUCAACCACCCUUUUAUUAUUGAAUACUGAGGCUGGUGAACAUGAGAGACUACUGGGGCAUAACAUGGCUUGCCUUGGUGGUGGAAAAUCGGUUCGAAAAAUAAGACACCGUAAUGUCAGUAUGGACUCUCCAUUGCUAGCUGGCCUAAUAUCACAAAAUACUAUUAAUGUGACCUCAAGAGGCAACUAUGUUUGUCAUGUGUGCUGUAAGCGGGCAAAUAGACAGACAGUGCAGGACUUAUCACGAAACUUGCAGGAAUUCUAGUCUGAGAUGUCUAUAGUCCUAUGACAACAAUAACAUAAUAACAUAUACAAUAUGUGGAGGCUUGUUAUUAGCAAUAUUUAAGAUUAUUUGUUUACCCAUAUU